GUGCUAAACUGGAGAGAAGAAUCUGCAAAAUAUACAAGGACUUCCAAACCAAAUGGGUAGAUAGUGUGAUGACCCAAAUUGGUAGCAACUUAGCAUAUGACCAGGUGAAAACUGUCAUGAACGCCUGGAUGGAAACUGUAAGGCAGAAGGAGGAUCUGCAUGCUAAAUGCCUUAAAGCCAUGUAUGCUGCAAGAGGCCCAAUCGAUCGCCUUCAUCAGUACAUUCACUCUGAAAAUAUCAAUGCUUCAAACAAGGCCACACAGUCAAUGUAUGUGAGAGCCAGGAAAAAGCAGAUGAAGCUGGAGAAGGAGAUAGAACAGUUGAAGGAUGAGUUCUACCAGACAAAGGACAAGGCAGAUGACUUCAAGCCACAGCUGGAUGAAGCCUACAGAGAGAGGGAGGACAAUCCCACCAAGUUCCAGGUUCUCUUGGGGCACUGGCAGAAACUAGAGGCUGAAGCUGCAGGGGCCAAGACAACCUACAGAGACAAGCUCAGAGAGGAAAAAUCCACACGAAUGACUUUCAUUGAGGAAAUGAAAAAAUUCCAGAAUGAUUCGGAUGCCUUUGAGAUGGCUCGUCUUGAAAACCUAAAGACGGUUUUGGGUUUGAUGUUGAAGAGCAACAAAAAUGUAGAGUUUCACAGGAAAGAGAAACUGAAGGCAAUAUUUGAAGAAGGUAUUUCCGAACUUGAAAAGUUGGACAUCGAGAGAGAAAUUGCUGUCUUCAACCAGUUCUACGUGUAUGAGCAUAAGUUUCCACAGGAAGAGCUUCACCCAUCGGAGGUCAACGAACAAAAGGCAAGUAGGACAUCAGAGGAGAAAUCCGACGUGGCAUCAUCACAGAAGUGGGCCACAUCAAGAAAGUCCAUGGUGUCAGAUGUUGUUCAAAUCCUGCCAGCCAGAGACAACACAGCUGUGUUUGUACAGACCGGGGUAGAUUCAGAUUCAGAUCACAAUGAGGACUCAUGGAAGCAUUCCCGUCCCAUACCUGUCACUACCCCAAGGCUGGUGACUGCAUCCCAACCACCUGAUGUUGAGAUUCCCAACGCUGUGAUGGAGACAACAACAUAUAGAGCUCCUGUCAUCAAGGAGACCAUAGUGGAAAAUUACAAGGGCCUCUCGGACUCUGACUCUGAUGUUGACACCCAGACAGUGAGUCCAACACUUCCAAUGACCCAAUCUUCAGACCCCAAGAGAGCAUGAAGUCAGCAGCAGGCAAGAAGGUCAAAGUGUAUGCUCUGAAGGACUUCACUGCUCGCUCAGAGGAUGAACUGACAUUCAAAGCAGG